AUGAUGGAAACAGCAGAAAUAAAUAACCAUUAAAAUGACUAAGUCUAUCAAACACAAAAUGAAGAUAUAGAGUACUUCAAUUAAGUAAUCACCACUUAGGGGAAUAUCUACUAGGAUUUAGCAGAUAAUCAAGAAGCUUAAGAUCAGGAAUAAGUGAUGAGUCAACAAACUAAUGGAUAGCAAGAGCAUUUCAACGAGUUGGAUCAAGAACUAAUGCAGGAGUAACCUGUCAUUAUAGAUCCCAAAUACGGCGAUAAAAAAAUUGAUCUAUCAGAAUUGUAGUAAAAUUUGAUUGCAUCUCCAAACUAGUCCAUACAGCUAGAUGUAUAAUAGAUUAAUGAUCCAAGUAGACCAAGCAAUCUUUAGAAAUUCAAACCUGAUAAGAACGAACCUCUGCCAUCAUAUUCAGAUAAAGUUAAUAUUGGCUAGUUUUCAGUUGGAAACUACAAAGAGUUCUAGUUGAGAGAAGAUCUCGCGCAUUUAAUAGAGAAGUAUAAUAAAUAGUUUUAUGGUGAUGCUAAGAAACCAAAUAUAAAAGGGGAAAUAUAAAAUAGCAAAGGGGAUAAGGAGUAAAGGUACAAGGAAAAGAUGAUUAUCAAUCCUAUCGCAGUCCCACAUCCUGGUGAUUCCAAAGGGAAUUUCAGUUGGAUGUAUCUAAUGACACCAUAUUACAAUCAAUUAGUAAAAGAAUUUAAUUCAUAGCAGCUUGAAAAUGAUAUCCUUAAGUAGCAUUACGAGUAUUAUCUUGAGAUGGAAAAAGAGAAGGAACUUUUGGGCUAUCAAUAUGAAUAACUGAGGAAAACUGAGAGACAACUCCAAGAUUAGGUAGAAAAUGUGAAUAAUGAGAAUAUGACUAUUGAAGAAAAAGUUGAGUAUAUGGACAGAAAUUUGCAAGUCGUCCAUCCUGAGAAGUUCAGGGAAAUGAACGACAAAUUAGAGAAUCUUUAAAAUGUUCUUAAGUCCAAGGAUAAUGUCAUUGAUCAACUACUGAAUGAAAUAUCUCUGAUUAAAAACGAAAAAGAUGACCUUUAAAAUGAGGUAUUGUUUAAGAAGCAGAAAAUUGAAAAUUUAAACUUUGAAUUCAAUACGAAAGAACACGAAUACCAGAGAUUGUGGGAAGAAGAGUAAAUCCUAAAGGCAGAGAUUAGAGGAGAAUCAUCUAAUUGUAAAGAUGUCCACAGAGAGAAUGAAGGCUUGUAAAGAGAAAUAGCAAUGAUUAGGGAUGAAAUAAGCCAAAAUUCAACUAUUUAUGAAUAGAAACAGCUUAGUAUUUAAGAGCAAAGAAUGAAGGUAACUGAUUACGAGGAGAGAUUAAGAUAUGGUAAUGAUGUUAUAAUGCAGUUAGAAUCUGAAAACCAAUAAGUGCAACUUGACCUAGCUUAGUAGAGAGCAGUUAUAGAAGGAUAAAAUAGGGCAUAUAAUGAACUAAAGCAAAAUUUUUAUCUGCUUAAUAAUCAGAGUUCAGGUUCGGGCUAGAUGUAAUUUAGCAGCAGUAACCCUGUCAUAUCCAUACCAAAGAUUGUAAUGCCUUCAAACUACUUUAAACCAAAUGUUGCUAUUUAAAGAUCAACGAUUAAUCUCAUGCCUUCAGCAAGUAAGGCUCUUACUCAAUAGGUCAUACCAUAAAAUAUUAAGAAUUAUCUUUCAAUAAAGAAGACUGUGAUAGAUUUGACUCCUGAUAUUCAAGGAAAUAGAUCUAAUACCAGAGAUUAGAAAGUAAGAUUCACUCUGUAAGAAUCACUUUCACAUGGGCCCUCUAAUUAAUCGCCAUAAAUAUAAAUUACAAGUCCUCAAAGAGGCUACAAAAAUGUAGGAAAAAGAUCAGAUUCAAUGAGUGAGAGACUGGAUAGAAGGACAUUUUAAAAUUUAUUGGAAGAUGAUUCAAACUCUAGAAAUAUGCAAUCACCUUAGGAACCAUCACAUAGAAGAGGAAAUUUUACAAGAGAAUAGCUUGGAGAGGUUAGAGUUUAAUCAGUGAACAGAAAUUUUGUAGAUACAAUGGGUGGUCUACUAGGAGGUAGUGACGAAAAAUAAAAUGCUGCGAACAUGAGAGCGAGUGUCUAGGGUUCAAAUACUUUUCCUCUAAAGAGAGUAGAUUUGAGAAAUAUUUCUGAAGUUUAAGGAUCUCCUUAGAAAAGCAAUUUCAAGGAUUCUUAUGUAAGAGAUUCACCGGGCUAAGGUGGAUUUUAUAAUUAAAGUCAAUACAGAGCAGCUGAAACAGAUAUUUCAACUAAUUAUGAAAAUGGCAGAAAUUGGAGAGACAACAACAAUGGAAGCAUGGUGAUGGAUCAUAGCUUAUCCUAGUCUUAUGAUAACUUUAGAAUGAGCAAUAUGGGCACUUAGACUCCAUUCAAGAACAAAUUGGGAAUGAAAGGUGCACCAGGUAAUAGGAACUCAUAACCCUAAUAGCUAAGCUCUGUGAAGCAAAGAUAGCAUCCAUAAUCAACAAGAAAUCCUAGGUUAUAGAAUGAAACUCAAUUCAGGCAAGCAACUUGGCAGGAAAGAAUGUCACAACUUCCAAAAAUUAGUGCAUAUAAGAGCUCCAUAACCUUUGGAGAUGACGGUGUCACUACAAAAGACGAUUAAUAUCAGAAUAAUUAAAGUAGAUACUCUCAAUAAGAGUAAAUCUAGCAAAGCUAUUAGCCAUUUUCAAUGGCUCGAGAUUAUGAUAUUGAUAUUUAGGCAAUGAACGAGGAUGAUCCCUCUAAUCUUAAGCUCAGCAUCUUCCAGAAUUUUCAAAAUAAAUGUCUCAGAGGCAAAAAAGAUAAGAGAUGGACUCAGAAAUACAAAAAAUUACUAAGAGAAUCUCAAUACUUAAAUAUGACUUAAAAAAGCUUACUUGCAAAGAUGACGAUUGAUCAUCUUCCUAUGUUUGAUUUUAAGUUUUAUGCUCUCAACAGAGAUUUUCGAAUGAAAAAGAAAAUUUAAGAAAUGGCCUCUCUAUCGAGUUAGAUCAAGGCGAAACUGCAGGGAAUAGGAUCCCCCAAAAUUAAAAUAACAACAAACAACAACAUGCCUCCGCCUAGUUAAUCUCCUACCAGCUAGCAAUUUCACAAAAUUCCUCUCAACAAGCCCCCUUAUAGAGAGGAUAACAAAAGCCAAUCUCCAGACGACCAUAAUAAUUCUUAAAAAGAUGUCAUUCAAAGGUUAUAAAUGAAGAACUUGGCUUUUAUUCCUGCCAAAGGUCAAAGUCCAAUUAACUCUACUUAUUCUAAUUGCUAAAGCAUCAUUUCAAACUUGAACUCAAGUGGCAGUAAUGAUUUGAGCUUGUAAAGUUAGAUAAUGAAGAUUUCCCCUUAAAGAAUAAUGGGCUCUUCAGGAAAUAAAAUGAUAAUUCCAGCUAACUAAAUAAAGAUUAUAAAAAAAGAUGGAACCUCUCCUUCCCCAGAGAAUAGACAGCCGAGUUUAAAAUAACUAAGCCCAUCUUCAAUUACAUUUAUGGCUUAGCCAAAUAAUCAAAGCAUAAUUGAUAAUCCAAGUAAUAAUUAGAAUAUGAAUCCAAAUAUCAUGGGACACAACUCAAGUGGAAGUAAUUUACUAAGGAAUAACCAAAAAUAGAGUUAAAAAAGUUUGCACUAACAUAGUAGUAAAAACUUUCAGCCGAAUCAUCUCUCAGAUGAUGAAACCAAUGUAAACUCUGAUAAUGAGGAAAAGAGUAUCACCUCAAUGACCCAAAUGAAAGCAGACAGUUCGAAUUUCAACAGACCUAAGAUCAAUACACAGCUUAAUAACUACAUUGGCAAUUAAACAGAAGAAGCUUUUCAUGAUAAUACCCUCACUCAGUAAAGGACAUAAAGAGGUUCUUAACUUUCAACCUAAAGUAACUAAAAUGCUAGUGAUUCUCAUAGAGUUAAAAUUAUUAGCCAAAAUAAGAUAAGGCAGUCACCUUCUCCUCCUCCUAACUAAGUAUUGAAGAAUAAUGAUAAACCACCAAUGGUAGGCAAAAUCCAGCAUGAGUCAUGCAAGACUUAGCCAACUUUAAAUACUCAGCCUUCACAGUCGUAACUAGCAUCAGAUUAUAUUAAGGGAAUGAUUAAUUAGAGUAGGACAAAUAACUCUCUUAAUCAAAGCAUUACUUAGAAAAAAGUUCUAGGCUCUGGUAUUAAUUGCUUGAAAAAGGGACUUAUAAGUAAGUAAAGCUUCCAAAAGGAAAUGAAAAUGCACGGUAUUGAAAAAGAUAUUCAAGAAGUAAGCUAGUUUGUAAAGCCUGUAAUUGAUAUCAGCCCACCAAGAUAAGAAGAUGGAACUAAUAAUAAUUAAAGCUAAAACUAAUUUCAAAAUUUAAAUACAGGUGGCCCUAAUCAUCCUAUAAAGCCCAAGCCCCCACAAAAAAUUUCACUCUCUAAGAUUUCUCACUUAAGAAAUUAUUCCCCUCCACCAAACUUUGAUCAGGGAGGCUUGUCUAAUUUAUAGGAAAUCAAAGAUACAAAUAAAAUUGCUACAAAACCAACUGAUAACAGUCCUACGAAUAUAAGUACUACAAAUGGUGAAGAACAAAUCACAAUUCCAACUGGGGAAGGAGCUGGAGUUUUCUAAUUCCCAUUCUAAAGAAGAGCAAGGUCUCUAUCUUUGCCAAAGCAAGAUAUCAUAUAAAACAAAAUGAGCCAAAAAAAUGCAGCAUAAAAUGCCAAUCCAACUGGUGAAAAUUAGGAUAAAAAAUCUUAAUCUCCAAAUCGCCAGUUAGAAGAACAAAAAAGGAAUAAACCUGUCAUGGCUAAAAUAAACUUUGCUAUUGCUCACAAAGGUGUGCUAUAAAAAGAAGAUGAUGAAGCUAUAUUUGAAAGAAAUAAAGAAGUUGAUGAGUGGCUAAUGGGAUCUGGUGAAAGUGAUAAUACAGCUGGAUCUAAUAACAGUAAUAAACCUUAAAUGCCGGGGAUAACAGUCACUGUCCGGUCUUCACUUCUAAAUGCAAAUAACAUUACUAAAAAACUUUAGUCAGAGCUUGAAAAACCAAUCUAGCCUGAUAGUUAGAAUAAUGGAAAUGACGAUUCUGUUGAAGAGGAGGAAGAAGACUGGAUGUUUAGAACUUUUGAUAAAAUAAAGGCAGGAAAGGGGGGCAAAUAAGUCGCCAAGACCAAUCGCACGAACAAUGACCGCGAUUUUAAUCUGGGUGUAGGUAUAGGUGGAAUAGGAACCAUAAUACCUCGAGAUUUCAAUCUCGAUGAUGAUUUCGGGGAGAGUCCUUUUGACAUGGCCCCAGAAAUGCAGAAAUAAUUCUCAAAGUCUAAGCAGACACUGAACUAACAGAAUGAGGAUUAAUCUAUGCUAGAUCAUAUUGCCUCAGAUUGUUAGGAUCUAAGUCAAUUUAUUGAUUAAAUUGAUCAAUUUAUGGAAAGAAUUUAAUGA